CAGAGCAUGGGAGGGCUGCAGUGGCCCUGCUGUUAGCAAAGAAUACUAUUUGGAAGUCAGACAAGUAGCCCAUCUCUGCACUCCACCCUGAGAAAACUGCUCUUCCAGUGUACAGUUAGAUGUUUUGACACCUGCAAAUGUAAUCAAACUGAAACAUCCUAUCUCACUUUUCUGUCCAUCAACAAUUUUCAGUUAAAGACCACAGGGACACCAGUAACUGAACAGCCUGGUCACUGUACCUUGUCAAGACAACUCAUUGAAGACUUGAAUGAAAGAAGUAUCUGUCACGGGCAGUCUGCGAUACGAAUUUCCCUCCAAGGGCAGAGACCCAACAAUCACAAGUAACUCCCAAUGGGCCAAGAUUUUCUGAUGUUUCUGUGCUCUCUGGGAACUUGGAAGAAGUCUGGUUUCGUUCAUUCAGCAAUUGUUUAUCAAGAGGCUCUUACACAAAGGCACUGUUCCAGAUUCUAAAGGCGAUGUCUGAAGAAUGGCUGGUUACAAUAUCUCCAGGAAUUCCUCUUGUGAUCCUAUACUGACUCCUCAUUUAACCUGGCUCUACUUUGUAGUGCUCAUUGGCGGACUGACAGGUGUCAUCUCCAUUUUGUUCCUGCUGGUGAAAAUGAAUACACGGUCCGUGACGACCACAGCAGUCGUUAACCUGGUGGUGGUCCACAGUGUUUUUCUGCUGACAGUACCUUUCCGCUUGUCCUACCUCAUCAAGGAGACUUGGACAUUUGGAUUGCCCUUCUGCAAAUUUGUGAGUGCCAUGCUGCACAUCCACAUGUACCUCACGUUCCUCUUCUACCUGGUGAUCCUGGUUAUCAGGUACCUCAUCUUCUUCAAGCGCCAGGACAAAGUGGAAUUCUACAGAAAACUACAUGCGGUUGCUGCCAGUUCAGGCAUGUGGCUUUUGGUGAUUGUCAUUGUGGUACCCCUGGUCAUUUCUCAGUAUGGAAAUAAUGAGGAGUACAAUGAAAACCACUGUUUUAAUUUCCAUAAGGAACUUGGUCGUGAGUAUGUGCAAGCCAUCAAUUACAUAAUAGUCAUUAUUGUCAUAACCACUGCAGUGAUUCUCUUGGUCUUCCAGAUCUUCAUCACUAUAUCCAUGGUGCGGAAGCUAAGCCACUCCUUACUGUCCCACCAGGAGUUCUGGGCUCAGCUGAAGAAUCUAUUCUUCAUAGGCAUCAUCCUUAUUUGUUUUCUUCCCUACCAGUUCUUCAGGAUCUAUUACUUGCAUGUUGUGGCACAAACCAAGGGCUGCAAUAACAGUGUUGCAUUUUACAAUGAAAUCUUCCUGAGCGUCACAGCCAUUAGCUGCUGUGAUUUGCUGCUCUUUGUUCUAGGGGGAAGCCAUUGGUUUAAGCAAAAGAUAAUUGACCUAUGGAAUUGCCUUUUGUGCCGUUAGCCAUGAACCACCAUAGUAAUUUCUUUGUAUUGGGAGUGAAAAUAGUCCAGGGAGGUAAGUGGAGGGCUAUGGAAAAUAAUAUUCCAACCAGAUAGCCCCAGAAGAAAAGCGGAGAGAUGGUGCAGCUCCAGAGGAGGGAGAGAAAACUAGCCAAGCAUUAACCUACCGGUAAGUCCUUUCCCAAUAACAAUGGGCCCUGAAGGAAGGGAGUGGCUUCUGAAUGCUGGGCUAUGGACUUGGACCUUCCCCCAUUGCAAAUUAGUCCUAAAUGGAGACUCAGUAAAUAUGGAAACUCUGGGAAACAGUGAAUCCCAGAGAAAGAAAAGCAAUGGGUGAGAUUUGAGGAUACAUCUCUCAGGAUCUGGACUUCCAUCUCUCCAGGUAACAAUGAGUUUCAACCUUUUUAACCACUGCUUUCCUGAGUUAAAGUUUUAACCUGCACCACUAGCCCCUGACUGUCCAAAGGGCACAUCCACAGUUUCCAAUGAUUAAACCACCCUCACUGUAUCCUCUGUAACUGAAGGCCACUUUCUCAUCCAGAAAAUGAACCCCUAUGGUGCCUGAGUCUGUGAAUGAAUAAACGGCAUCUCUGAA